GAUUUGCUUAGCGUAUAAACGUUAAAAAUGUUAAAAGUUUCCAAUAUUUAUCCCAUAUUAUUGUUAUUUUGGGGACAAUGCGUCCUCCCUCAAGAGGCGCCUCCCUUCCUCGAUAAGUUCUGCAUCCUUUGCAACAAUUCGUGCGAAGAUGGGCCCAAUUUUCAUCGCUGGAUCGUUUCAGAACAAGUCGUAGCUCCCGACAAUUUUGAGCAAGUUGGGAAAGUAAUUAACGGACAAUUUCCUGGACCCACAAUUACCAUUGGGACAUUUCAGCAUUUGGUUGUGCUGGUCGAGAACAGGCUUUCUGUCCCACUAACGAUUCACUGGCAUGGUUUGCAUCAAGAUAGAACUGUCGCUGCGGAUGGGGCAGGUUUCGUCACACAAGCCGACAUCCCACCCAAUGGAAAGUACACUUACUGCAUGUUUAUUGAAGAUGAACCUGGAACUCAUAUGUACCACGCUCAUACGGACAUCGACAUAAUUUGGAUUCACGGGGCACUCAUCGUCAAAGACAACAAUCCACCAAUCUGGGCAAAGACUCGGGAUGCGGGCAAGUAUCACUACGACGAAGAGCGGCUCCUCAUUCUGGAACAACUUUAUCACGAACCUGUCGAACGUUUCGUGCAAUCUUUGACCACGGCAGGAGUACCGCGGCCAGCAACGCAGAGUCUCAUGAUUAAUGGGCAAUCAUUCGGAGUGUGGCCAACCGGCAAUUCUAACGCCGAAGGAUACUCCCUUAUCAGCGUGCAGCGAAUGAAAACUUAUCGAUUUCGAAUAAUUAAUUUGUCUUCCGAGUUAAUGUUUCGAUUUGAGAUUGAAGACCAUUCCAUGACCGUGAUUGAGAUGGACGGCAUAAUCUGCGUUCAAAGUCAAAGUUGACCACGUGGAUAUUCACGCCGGCCAGAGAUACUCCGUUCUUGUCAGGAUGGAUCAGCCCGUAGGAAAUUAUCUCACCCACAUCGUACAAAAUCCUGGACCAGGACCGUUAAAUGGGGUCGCCAUCUUGCAUUACGAACAUGCCGCUGAUCCAACGCCACUACGCAAAAUGUCACGACCAGGUGCUUCCACUCCCAUCGUGACGGAUGAGUGGAUCGUAUCCCAACUCUGGCCUAAUCCAAUCUUAAAGCAGAGCCGAGUCUAUCCCGUUCCAAAAAGGGUGGACAGGACGAUUAUGAUAGAUUUCCAAACGCGAAUUGUCGGUGGGUUGGCGAUAAUUCUAAUCAACGGCCACCAGUUCCGGAACCCAGAAAGGUCUUACUUGGACCAAAUCAGAGAUGGCGUAAAUGUGACGGAUAAUCUGCAAGUUUUUGAGAUUUUGCAGGGACAGCACAUUCAAUUUAUCAUGCAGGUGCAAUAAUACGUAUCUGAACAUGCAUAAUUUGCAAAUUAGAUACUCUCCAUUCACGCAGGGUUGAACUUUUACAGAAAUUUGGAAUUCUGAGAAACGGCUUUCGUCCGAAUAGCUUGAGGCAAUUUGAGACUGGCAGUGGCGAAGUUUCUCAGAAUUCUAAAUUUCUGUAAAAGUUCAACCCUGCGCGAGUAUAUCCUCACAUCUCUAACUAAUCUUAAGUAUGUAUGUUCUCACGUAUUUAUAUUAGAAUCGGGCUAUAAACCCUAACGGAAUCUGCGCAACGCACCCAUUUCACUUUCAUGGUUCGUGGCCAACUUAAUAUUAUAAACGAGCUCAAUCAUGAUAAAUUACGUAACUUUCACAACUUAAAUACCAGUGUGAAUUAAAUUCAAGUCACUUACUGCUCCAUUUAUUAUUAGAGUUCCAAACGAUCCACGAUUACAUUAGCCGAAUCGGCCGAAUUAUUGUAUUAUUUACGACCAGCUUAUUGUAUUUUGGCGUCAAAAUCAUUCAAUUUUUCAAAUUCUAAACACCUAAUUGAAUGAGUUUUACGCCAAAAUAAAAUAAAGUGGUCUUAAAUAAUAUCAAUAAUAUAAUAAUUCGGUCGAUUCGGCUAAUAUAAUCGGGGACCACUCGAAACUCAAACAACAAAUGGAGCAGUAUAAUAAUAAAUAGGACGCUACUUUUACGUUGCCGCAACCGGUCCGGACCUGUUUGACCCGGAAAGAGACGGACCACUGAUCGAUGAAAAUGUGCGAGCGUCAGGGGGACGGCUGGAAUUUCGUGAUGUUUUCGUCCAAUAUCCGGAACACACCAAUUCCACCCUGGCUGCAGGGGAAGGCUGUGGAUGGGUGGCCAUUCGACUAAUUGCCAACAAUCCGGGCAUCUGGCUAACUCAUUGUCACAUAACGUCACACAUGCUGGUAGGAAAAAUGUUUGUUAUUUGGGAACAUAGCGACCUGAAUCCCAUCCUCCUUGGAGAAUGAAUGAUGCAUAUUCUGGUAUAUGUAAAAUCAUGAAAAGAUGUGAACAAUAUGUAGCAACUUUUAAAAGCCAAAUUAGAAGAUCCAUUUUAUGAGCUAUCGGAAAUAAAUAUUCCCAGGCAAUGAAUUUGA